AGAGAGGCUGCAAGUGGGUGGCCCCAGGGGCCUGCAGCUCUAGCAGUGGCCGAGUGGUGGAGAACGGAGGGUACCUUUAGCACGUGGAGUGGUCUCGAGGCGGAGCACUUGGGUCCUCCAGGAAUGGUUUGCUGGGGAGGCUGUGGAAACAGACCCUCCUGAGUUGAGCUCUGGCUGGGCCUGGGAGUGGGGACCAGAGCCGAGAGGACUCUCCCUGGAAGCUCUUCGUGGGCGGCCUUGACUGGAGCACCACCCAAGAGACUCUACGCAGCUACUUCUCCCAGUAUGGAGAGGUCGUGGACUGCGUGAUCAUGAAAGAUAAGACGACCAACCAGUCUCGAGGCUUCGGCUUUGUCAAAUUUAAAGACCCCAACUGUGUGGGCACAGUGCUGGCCAGCAGACCGCACACACUGGACGGCCGAAAUAUCGACCCAAAACCAUGCACACCUCGGGGGAUGCAACCGGAGAGGACGCGGCCGAAGGAAGGCUGGCAGAAAGGACCCAGGAGCGAUAACAGUAAAUCAAAUAAGAUAUUUGUCGGUGGAAUUCCUCACAAUUGUGGUGAGACAGAGCUCAGGGAAUACUUCAAGAAAUUCGGAGUGGUCACAGAAGUGGUCAUGAUCUACGAUGCAGAGAAGCAGAGGCCUCGAGGUUUUGGAUUUAUUACUUUCGAGGACGAACAAUCAGUGGACCAGGCUGUCAACAUGCAUUUUCACGACAUCAUGGGCAAAAAAGUGGAAGUUAAACGGGCCGAGCCUCGGGACAGCAAAAGCCAAGCACCCGGACAGCCAGGGGCCAGCCAGUGGGGGAGCCGUGUCGUUCCCAGUGCUGCCAACGGCUGGGCAGGCCAACCCCCACCCACGUGGCAGCAAGGAUAUGGCCCGCAAGGAAUGUGGGUGCCAGCAGGACAGGCAAUUGGUGGCUACGGACCACCCCCUGCAGGAAGAGGAGCCCCACCACCGCCCCCGCCAUUCACGUCUUACAUCGUGUCCACCCCUCCCGGAGGGUUUCCCCCUCCACAGGGCUUCCCACAGGGCUACGGCGCACCCCCGCAGUUCAGUUUCGGCUAUGGGCCGCCUCCUCCACCGCCAGAUCAGUUUGCCCCUCCAGGAGUCCCUCCGCCACCGGCCACCCCAGGGGCAGCCCCUCUGGCUUUCCCGCCGCCUCCAUCUCAGGCUGCCCCCGACAUGAGCAAGCCCCCAGCGGCACAGCCAGACUUCCCCUAUAGUCAGUACGGUUAUGGACAGGACUUGUCCAGCUUUGGUCAGGGCUUCUCAGACCCCAGCCAGCAGCCCCCCUCCUACGGGGGCCCCUCGGUGCCGGGCUCGGGGGGGCCCCCUGCCGGCGGAAGUGGCUUUGGAAGAGGGCAGAACCACAACGUGCAAGGAUUCCAUCCCUACCGACGCUAGCCGGCCAGCACCACACACUAGCCGGCCAGCGCCAGGCGGACGGCGGGACAGCCAAGACCCAGGAUUUGAAACUUGUGAACUCGUGACAAUCACAAACUUGGCAGAAAAAAAUCGCGAUUCAACCUUGGGGGGAGGGGCGGGCACAAGGCUUUUGGAGGCGGCUGUGGGUGUCUGAACUGAAGUUUUUAAAUAUAUUUCUUUCUCUAACCCAUCAGCACAAUAAAAAAAAAAAAAAGUCACUGGUUCAACAACAGGGUUUUAAAAAAACGUCUUCAGCUUUAAUUCAAAACUUCAGGUUUCUUUUUCUUCCUUUUUUUUUGAAAUUGUUUUCCUGAGCCUUUUGUUUUACCGUAUAUUGUAAACUUUUAUGUUAAAGAAAAAAAUAUACAUUUACAAAUUGUGAGAUUUUUAAGAGAAAUUUUCUACGAUGUAUACUGGCUUAUUUUUUAAUUUAAAACAGGGUUUCCGUCGGCACUGGUGGAAGUGAGGGGCGUUUUUGGUCCCCACACUCCUGGCUCUGAGGGUUGGGACUUGUCGGUCCAGAAAUUCUGGAGCUUAAAGAAUCAAUCUACUGAGUGUGUUUGUUUUUGUUUAUUCCUUGCUUUUGUCGACUGACCUGCCUGGCGGUGUCUGCAGGCGCGCCAUGGGCUCGCAGGCGACCACCCACGUCUAACCGGCAUCAAGGGCCAGGAGGCCUUGUCAGCCGACCUCCUGCGUACAUGGCUUCAGGGCGUCCCCACUGACCAGUUUGACCCUGGUUUGAAUAAAGAGAAGUGCGUUUGGAUUAGAA